AUGAAGGCCAUUAUAAUCAAAGGCCGUGGAAGUGCCGGCGUCAUUGAUUCUCCACCACCAAAGCUGCGCGACGGUCUCAUACUGGUCAAGACAACUGCUGUGGCUGUGAAUCCCUCUGACUGGAAACAUAUUGAUUUCAUGUGGGUUGGUGAUCCAACUGGCACUCAAUUCUUGGUGGCGAAAGCCUGUUUCGCUAUCAAGAUUCCACAUGACAUGGACGAUACAGAAGCAUGUGCCAUCGGCUCCGGCCUCGCUCCAGUGGCACAAGGCCUCUACCAGGACCUCAAGCUUCCUCUCCCGAUGGACCCGUCUCCACGGCCAAUCCCCAUACUAAUAUACGGGGGAAGCACGGCAUCGGGGAUCAUGGGAAUACAGUUCGCCAAGAUGUCUAACUGCACUGUCAUCACAACAUGCUCCCCCAGGAACUUCACAUACAUGAAGGAGCUCGGCGCCGACUUGUGCGUUGACUACCAGGCAGAGGAUUGCGCCGAGCAGAUCAAAACUUUCACCAAGGGCCGCAUCAAGCUUGCGUGGGACUGCAUUGCCACCAUCAAGUCGGCUCAAAUCUGUGCCGCUUCCAUGUCAAAUCUGGGCGGUCAUUACAGCAGUCUGCUCUUUCUGUCCAGCAGCAUUGUCAGGAGGGUCAAUCCCAAGAUUACGUGUUCCACGGUGGUUGGAUACAGCAUACUGGGCGAGGAAAUCGAGAAGGAGACUGUUGUAGAAGCACGGCCAGAGGACUUUGAGCAUGGGAAGAUGUUUUGGGGGAUUGCAGAGAAGCUGCUGCACGAAAAAAGCUCACCAGCAAAAGUCGACCGCUCCCCAGCUGUUUUAGAGUUGCCGUCUGGGUUGGCGACUGCGGCGUUUGCGGCCACGAGGGAUCGCACAGACGACAUUAUCACCGAUGCCGGUUUCGCCGGAUACUAUGAGAACGUGCAUUCGGUCCAGAUACAGCUAUGCGCCGCUCUCAUCAUCGAGUCUUUCAGCAAGUUGCGGUGCAACCUGGCAAGGGCCAAAGCCGGCGAGAAGCUGAGACCAAUCAAGGCUGUUCCGGCGGUGAAGAAACAGCUCGAAUUCUGCUACUCCAUCCUCGAGGAUGCUGGUCUCAUCACGAGGAACUCAGACCUGUCCUUUUCCCGAACGAAUUCGCCUGUUCCUUUGAAACCAUCCAAAGACAUCCUGGACGAACUCAUACACAAUCAUCCCGGUUUCAGGUCCCUCAACAAACUUGUUGCGCACGCUGGCAAAAACCUUGCAGAGAUAUACGCGGGGCGCACCGAUGCCGUAAGAGCUGUGUUCGGGUCUGUCGAAGGACGCGAGUACCUCGAGGACAUCUACGGACCGUGCCAUCCGAGCUUGGCAUUUCACCUCCUCGUGAAGGACUUCAUCACCCGCCUGCUUGACGGCCUCUGCAGCUCAAACGAGAUCGUGCACGAAUCACAUAAGCAGGGGCUCAAAAUCCUAGAGCUCGGGGCUGGAACAGGAGGGACGACCAAGUACCUCGCACCGCUUCUCCAAAGCCAUCACGAUCGAGUGCCGGUGACGUAUACAUUCACCGACCUUUCCCAGGGCCUGGUUUCGCAGGCGGGACGCAAGUUCCAGCAGUACGACUCUGUCAUGGCAUAUCAAGCGCAAGACAUCGAGAAGCCACCGUCUGCGGAAAUGGUGGGCAGCCAGCAUAUUGUGAUUGCCGUGAAUGCCGUCCACGCGACGGCCGACCUUGUACAGUCCUUGAAAAACCUGCGACAGUUCCUCAGGCCGGAUGGGUUGGCGUUGGUAAUGGAGGUUCAGGAGCGCCUGUGCUGGGCGGAUUUUGUGUUUGGGCUGUUUGAGGGUUGGUGGAAGUUCAAGGACGGGAGGACGCACGCAAUCGUUGAUGCAAAAGCUUGGGAGAAGGCUUUUCACGAUGCUGGAUUUGGUCAUGUCGACUGGACGAGGGGCAGCCUCAGGGACUCUGGGCUCCAACGGGUGUUCAUUGCAACUGCUUCCUCCGAAUAG